ACAUUGCAAUAUAUAAUGUUCAAUUGCAUUAAAUCAUUGGAAAUUAUGAAUGGCUGUUUAUUUAUAAGUGUUUUCUUUAUAUUAUUCUUGAUCUUCAAAUUGGAUGUCGAUGCCGCCUGUACAGGACUUCCAGCGGAUCUACAGCAAAGUAGCUGGGUUGAUGAUAUUGCAUCGAACACAUUAACAUUUGGAACCAAAACUUUAACGGGAUUUAGUUUCCAGGACACGGGGACGACUUUAAAUGCUUUCACUUGUGUUGGCAACGUAGAUAAUGUAUAUGUCUUUGGAAGUGAUAGUAGCGUAAGCUCACCUGAUGGCAGCUCUCAAUUCUACUAUCUGUGUAUGAGGAUAACGAAAGUUUCUGAAAAUUCUUAUUAUUAUUACUUAUUAGCAGAUGAAAAUGCUAGUACAUUUCCUCGUGUAAGAGCUGUAAAGAGAAACUUCCCACAAAAUGUUGCUACUGGCGUUGAGCCGUGCGAUUUCUGUAAUGAUGUAAACUCGGGUGCAUCUAUUCUUCGGAGAUCGACAGUGGCAGUUGUGCCACCUGUGACAGCUGAUCCACCAUGUUUACCGUGUACUACGCUACAGGCAGUUUGUGAUCUCGCAGCAGUUGUGCCAGCCCCAGCAGUGACAACUAUGGCGACAACUGGAAGUUCACAAACUACCAGUGUCUUACCAUUAGCUACUAACUCGCAAAGUUCAGAACAGCGCUUACCAGACGUUUCAGGUGUAGCAGGCAAUUCAGGCGUGGCAGGCGUUUCAGGUAUAGCAGGGAAUUCAGAAUCUGGUUCCUCAUUUGUGAAUGCUAUUCUACUACUAGCAGCAAUUGUAGGUAUUCAGGCAAUAAUAUUUAAUUCAGUGGAGUCAGUUUAUGAAGUAGUCCAAUUUGAUGAUACCACACGUUAG